UUGCUAGAUCAGAGGCUAUGCCAGGGAGAGGUGUUUUGGACGGAAACAGAAGCACUGGCAGGGUUGAGAGAUGCAGGGCUGUGACUUGGGGGUGCCCCAUCUUCAAGAUUGAGGCCUAAGAGAGUGACAGGACAUGUCAUGCCAGGAGCAGGAGCUGGGGAAGGAGGAUGAGCCCAGGUGGAGUGAGAGGGCAGGAAGGAAGCAUUCUUGGCCAUCAGCAACAAGCGGGUCACACCUGCCAGACUGGCUCCAGCAUCCUGUUUCUUUCAGAUGCCAAAGAUCCGGAUCAGCUGGGCCGGAAUAAGAUCACACACAUCAUCUCCAUCCACGAGUCACCCCAGCCUCUGCUGCAGGACAUAACCUACCUUCGUAUCCCAGUGGCUGAUACCCCUGAGGUGCCCAUCAAAAAGCACUUCAAAGAAUGUAUCAACUUCAUCCACUGUUGCCGCCUCAAUGGGGGGAACUGCCUAGUGCACUGUUUUGCAGGCAUCUCCCGCAGCACCACCAUUGUGACGGCAUAUGUGAUGACUGUAACGGGGCUAGGCUGGCGUGAUGUGCUUGAAGCCAUCAAGGCCAAUCGGCCCAUCGCCAACCCCAACCCAGGCUUCAAGCAGCAGCUGGAGGAGUUUGGCUGGGGCAGUUCCCAGAAGCUUCGCCGGCAGCUGGAGGAGCGCUUCGGAGAGAGUCCUUUCCGGGACGAGGAAGAGAUGCGUGCGCUGCUGCCGCUGUGCAAGCGCUGCCGUCAGGGCUCCGCCACCUCGGCCGCCUCCGUCGCGCCGCACUCCGGCACCUCCGAGGGAACCCUACAGCGCCUGGUGCCGCGGACGCCCCGGGAAACCCACCGGCCGCUGCCGCUGCUGGCGCGCGUCAAGCAGACUUUCUCUUGCCUCCCGCGGUGUCUGUCCCGCAAGGGGGGCAAGUGAGGAGCCCACCGCGCGUGGCUCCCCUCUUCCUCCCGACUGCUCCCCUUCGGGGUCUGUGUGGGCCUCCCACGGCCUCCAGGACGGGCCCAGUGCCUGUGGGAGCCCCGCAACAGCCUGAGCCCCAUCCCGCCCCUGCCCGCUUGUCUGCGUCUGUAGUGUGUGUCCUUCAUUCUGUGCGUCUCUGUGUUGGGCCGGCCUGCUGCAGCCACCUGGUGCCUUAGUCCUCGGGCUGGGGGAGGGGGCACCCGGGUCUCGACCCUUAGAGGCGGGGAUGGAGGGUGAGGGUUGGGGAGGGUGAGGGCCCACCGGGCCUGGAGGAUAUUAAAGAGACACAAAAAUGCCUGUCUGAGCCUCUCCUGGUUAUUCAGCAAAAGCAGGGCAGCCGGACUCUGCCUGGUGCCAGGAGCCUGCAGGAUGGGAGGGAGUCUAAAAACCACUGCUGAUGAGUCCAUUCUGACUCAUGGUGACCCAUGUGUUACAGACUAGACUCCGUGAGGUUUCCUUGGCUGUAAUCUUUAUGGAAGCAGAUUGCCAGGCCUUUCUUUCGCAGUGCUGUUGGGUGGGGUCAAACGUCCAACCUUCAGGUUAAGCAGACAGUGCAAACUGUUUUGCUACCCAGGGAACUCCCAGCUGAAGUUCACAAGACUGAUCUCUGGGUACACUCACUUCUCCGAUACACCCCCUCAUCCCUUCCCGAAGCCUCUUCUCCUCUCUGAACAUCCUUCCCCUCUCCUGCUCCCCAGCGCCCCCUUCUCUAUCCACAUAUAGUAGUAAUAAGGUAAGGUAGUGCCUUCCUCACAGGGUUUCAGAUCAGUUAGUUCCAGUUCAAACCCCUGCUGAGAAUUUGCAUUUCCACCCCAGAUAUACUGAAUCUGAAUCUACAGUUUAACAAGAUCCGCAGGUAAUUCUCAUGUAUAAUAAAUUUUGAGACCCAUUGCUCUACUAGUGGUUCUCAGAAUUGGUCCCUAGCCAGCACCAUUAACAUUGCCUGGGAACUUGUUAUAAAUUCGAAUUCUCAGCAGGAGUUCAACCAGUACAAACUGGUUAGAAGCCCUGCUUCCUCACACCUGACCUUACAAGCAUGAGUUCACUUAUUCCUUAGGGAGGAAACAGGCUCAGAGAGGUCAGGCAGCUGGCCCAAGGACACACAACUGGAGUAGGG